UCAGGUGGCCGGAGGCGUAAAGCGGUGCUUGUUUCGCAGCGGUCUGGCUUUAUUUUGGAGCCGCAGUGGUUUAAAAAACCGAGAUAGGGGCCGCCACUCUUAGCCCUCCUUCCUCCGAGUUUGCGACUCCGCGGUCCAACAUGGACAAAGUCUGUGCUGUUUUUGGAGGCUCCCGGGGCAUUGGGAGGGCAGUGGCCCAGUUAAUGGCCCAGAAGGGCUACAGACUAGCCAUCAUCGCCAGAAAUCUGGAACUGGCCAAAGCCGCCGCCGGUGACCUCGGCGGAGAUCAUUUGGCAUUUAGCUGUGAUGUUGCCAAAGAACGUGAUGUUCAAAAUACAUUUGAAGAGAUGGAGAAAACUUUAGGUCGAGUUAAUUUCUUGGUAAACGCAGCUGGAAUUAACAGGGAUAGCCUUUUAGUAAGAACAAGAACUGAAGAUAUGGUAUCUCAGCUUCAUACUAACCUCUUGGGUUCCAUGCUGACUUGCAAAGCUGCCUUGAAGACUAUGAUUCAACAACAGAGAGGGUCUAUUGUCAAUGUAGGAAGUAUUAUUGGUUUAAAAGGCAAUUCUGGCCAGACUGUGUACAGCGCCAGUAAAGGAGGAUUAAUUGGAUUUUCACGUGCUCUUGCUAAAGAAGUAGCAAGAAAGAAAAUUAGAGUGAAUGUGGUUGCACCAGGAUUUGUUCAUACAGAUAUGACGAAAGACUUGAAAGAAGAACAUUUAAAGAAAAAUAUCCCUCUUGGGAGGUUUGGAGAACCUGUUGAUGUGGCACAUGCGGUUGUGUUUCUUUUAGAGUCACCAUAUAUUACAGGGCAUGUUUUAGUAGUGGAUGGGGGGUUACAGCUCACAAUAUAAUUUACAGAUUAUUCAGUUAAAAUCAUGAUUAUAAUCAAGGACACACUUGGGCUGUUGAUUUAUUUGUAUUUGGGCUGUUGAUAUUUAACAUGGGUAACAUUUGCUGAUCAAACCUAUUGAUGCUACAAAUACUGAUUUCCAUUUUUAUAUGAAUAUGUCUGAAAAGAACAGGAUGUGACCACUCGGAUUUUCUAAGUGCUAAGAACUUUAUAGGCUGUAGCAAUUUUAGUGUGUAGAUAUUUGCAAGUGAUAUAAACAAACAUUAUUUUAAUUUAUAUAUUUUGUCUCAGAAGUGGCAAAAAUUAUAUGGUCUAGUGGUCAUGAAUUAUUUCAUUGCUUCAGGCAAAAUUCUCUAGAAGUUAACCUUGUGAGCCAUAAGAUAAGAGUAUUUAUAGGGCAUUGGUUAGCAAUCCUGCCAAAGUUAAACAUUGUAUUCCUUUUACAUAUGCCGUAGAAGAUCAUCAAUUUUUAUACAGGUUGAAAAAAACAUUAUCAGUUAGAUGCAGGCAUGCAUUUAGAAUCUGGUUUCUUUGAGUGCAUUACUGCUGAUUAAGCAACUGGGGAAAAUAGUUUACAAAUACAAGUGUGGUACAGCUGAUCCAUUCUAUAGAAUUUCUCAAAGAUGUGUAAUAACCUUAAGGUUUUAAUAUUUUGUAUAGUAAUGAGUUGCAUAGAUAUUACUAACUUAAGAAAUAGAAGUAGUUUUUUUUGGUGUGUUCUUAUCCUCAAAACACUAAUUUUAGCAAACUACUUAAAAACAGCAUAAGAAGUUAUGACAUUUUAAAAGGUAAGACUAUUUUAUAUCAACUAAUGUAAUAAUUUUUAUCAUAAAAAUUUAGAAAUAUUUACUUAUGAAUAGCAUACGUGAUAUUUUAAGUAAAUAUGCGGUAAUAAUAAGAUGUGUUUAUAAGGAACAGUUAAAGUGUUUUAAAAGAAAAUAUAUGCCUGAGAAUAGAGGACACAAACUGAAUGUAAAAUAUCAGGCAACAUCUAUUUUGCUCUGAACUCUUUUGUGGGGAAUAAUGUGAUAUUUUAAAUGUCACUGGUUUAUGUUGAUUUUUAUUAUUUAUCAUUUUGAGAUAUGUUUUAAAUAUUUA